UUUGUUGUUGGGAGUGACAGAGGUGUCGUGUUAGUGCUCUUAAAAACAUGACUUAAAAGCCGAGCAAUGUGAAUAUUUUCACAUUUAUUUUAACAAUACUCAGUGCCAUGUAUUUAACAUUAAAUUAUAGUGUACGGUGCGAGAAAAAAUGACGGUUCCUACGAAAAUCGCGAUUUCUAAAGUGUACAACUUCACGAAAUCUUCACUUUACAAAAGAUACAAAAAUUUCUUCUUUGUGCUGCUCAUAAUUUCUAUAUUUAUAGCUCUUUCCGUUCCUUUAGCAAAUCUCUCCAGUGAUGUAUCUAAAAGUUAUGAGAGAAUUGAUUUUAGGAACUUAAAAAAUCUACCUCUAGUGAAAUUGACGAAUAGUGUUAGCAUAGUGACUCCUAAAAAUUCCCAGUGCACCCAUUGGGACUGCUUUAACAUUUAUAGAUGUGGUCAUACCGGACACGAUAGGAUAGCAGUGUAUGUGUAUCCCCUUAGAAAGUAUGUGGAUGAAAGGGGGGUGCCAGCCACUGAACAUUUAUCUAAAGAAUAUUAUCAUUUACUUAAUACUGUGAUCAAGUCGAAAUAUUACACAGCUAAUCCUGAGGAGGCUUGUAUUUUUAUUCCAUCCAUUGAUACUCUCAACCAAGACAGACUUAGACUGAAUUUAACUUCAAGAGCCCUUAGUUCCCUUCCAUAUUGGAGAGGAGGCGAAAACCAUCUUAUUUUCAACAUGAUUUCUGGUAACUCUCCGGACUUCUCACAAGUGAUCGAAUUAGAUGUGGGCAAUGCAAUGAUAGCCGGAGCUGGUUUCGACACCUACACCUUUAGAGAAAAGUUCGACGUCUCGAUACCGGUGUUCAGUCCCGCAGCUAGAUUAGGAGUGGUUGAAGACAACUCGCAACAAAGAUCUUGGCUAGUAACCUCCUCUCAACUAAACGUAGAUCCAUUUUUUCUCACCGAACUUCAAAAAAUGCGUUACCAUCAUCACGAUUACCUGUUAAUACUCGACGCUUGCCAUAGACACGAAUAUACUCAACGAUGCGAUAUCGAAACCGGAAGGACCUUUAACUAUCCACAGGUCCUUAAGGAGUCAGUUUUUUGUCUCGUAUUUCGCGGCGAAAGAAUGGGCCAAUUCGUUCUUCUGGAAGCCAUGGCGGCCAAUUGCAUACCUGUGAUAAUUUCGGACGGUCACGUUAUGCCGUUCCAUACCAUAAUCGAUUGGAAGCGGUUUUCCAUUUUCAUCAUGGAGAGCCACGUCGAUACUCUCAUGGACGUAGUCAACAGCGUCUCGGAGAAGCGAAUCAAACAUAUGCAGAAGACACUUUUGUACGUCUAUCGAUCGUAUUUUGCUAGCAUGAGGAGGAUCGUUUUAACUACUUUGGAUAUUUUACAAGAGAGGGUGUAUCCGCAUUUGAGCAGGACGUACGACGAAAUUAAUUUAAUGCCCGAAGAAGUAAACAACAAUCCGUUAUUUUUUCCGAUGACGUCACCGAAAUCUCACGGUUUUUCUGCUGUCAUUUUAACUUAUGAUAGAGUAGACAGUUUAUUCACUCUUAUAGAUAGAUUAUCAAAAGUUCCUAGUUUAAUGAAAGUCAUAGUCGUAUGGAAUAAUCAAAAAAAGAAUCCACCUCCAAUGACAGAGUUUCCGAAAAUCCAAAAACCAAUAAACGUUAUUAGAACCGGUGCAAACAAAUUAUCAAAUAGAUUUUAUCCUUACAAGGAAAUCGAAACGGAAGCAGUCUUACACAUCGACGAUGAUAUUGUGAUGUUAACUUCGGAUGAAGUGGAGUUUGCUUACGAAGUUUGGAGGGAGUUUCCAGAUAGAAUAGUCGGGUUUCCUUCAAGGACCCACGUUUGGGACAACUUAACAAACACUUGGAAAUACGAAUCGGAAUGGAUGAAUGAAAUUUCAAUGGUGCUCACUGGCGCAGCUUUUUUACACAAAUAUUGGAGUUAUUUAUACACUAAACAUAUGCCAGCCGACGUAAAAGACUGGGUAGACGAGCACAUGAACUGUGAAGAUAUUGCCAUGAAUUUUUUAGUAGCUAAUGUCACCAAUAAACCACCCAUCAAGGUGACGCCGAGAAAGAAAUUUAAAUGCCCGGAAUGCGCCAGCAACGAAAUGCUUUCCGCAGACUUAGGACAUAUGGUGGAACGUUCCCAAUGCAUUAGCAGAUUCGAGAAGGCCUUCGGACGAAUGCCUCUCAAGUCGGUCGAGUUCAGAGCCGACCCUGUACUCUUCAAAGAUCCAUUCCCAGAAAAGUUAAAACGCUUUAACGAUAUAGGCAGCUUGUAAAUGAUUUUUUUAUAUUAUUUAAAUUUGUAGAUACUUUUUUGUAAAUAUUGUAAAUAAUGUUUCAUUGUUGUACUGAUUUUCGACCAGGGUUAUAUAUUUUUUAUAUGUUCUAUAAUUUUUUAUUGUUCAUUGUUUGUACAUUGUUGUAAAUUCGAAACAUAAAUUAUAUAUUAUUUAAAUUUACGGAAA